AUGGCUGCUGUCGGAAGGGUAUUCCGAAGCGCUGUAUAUGGCCGACGCAUCGACCUGGUUUCCCGCACCAGUUGCGGUGGUUGUGGUGCCGCGAGAUGUGUUGCUCCUGCUACAGCAACUGCGAUAAUCUCUCGCUCUCUGUCGACGGAAGGGGCCUCGCUGCGGAAGGUGUUCCAGUCCUCUGCGAAAGAGUCUACGGCCAAAGGCGGACGGCCAAAAGAGAAAACCGCCACCGUCACUGCUGCUGGUUCUGCCUCUCCUGCUUCUUUGUCACAUACACCAACACCAAAGCCGACGCGGGCCAUAGUCAGAGGCGUAACAGAUGUCGGCGGCGGCGGUGUGGCAGGGAACGACGGGCGGGCGGUUGGAGAGAGCGAGGGAAAGACUGCGGACGCAAGCGAAGGCGCACAACAUACGUUGUCCAGCGGUGCGGGGGUGUCGGACUCGACUCCGUCCUCAUCUGCGUCUCCCCUCCCCUUCCACCAAGGGAACUACAUGGAGUUCGCUCCAAGGAUUACGGUGGUCGGCUGCGGCGGGGCGGGGGGAAAUGCUGUGAGCAAUAUGAUUGCACGCAACCUUAAGGGCGUGGAGUUCAUGGUCUGCAACACAGACGCGCAGCACCUGUCCACGACGCUGACGGACAACCGGCUACAGCUGGGGAGGAGCGUCACGGAGGGGCUGGGCUGCGGCGCGAACCCGGAUGCCGGCCGAAAGGCAGCGGAGGAGUCAAAGGAGGAGAUCUUGGAGAUGAUCGAGGGGUCGCACAUGGUUUUCAUAACCGCGGGGAUGGGAGGAGGCACGGGGACCGGGGCUGCGCCGGUUAUCGCGGAGGCAUGCAUGGAGGCCGGCAUCCUUACGGUUGCCGUCGUCACCAAGCCGUUCCGCUUCGAGGGUAGCCUCCGGAUGCGCCUCGCCGAGGAGGGCCUGCGUUUCCUCGCCUCCACGGUAGACACCCUGAUCGUCAUCCCCAACCAGAACCUGUUUCAGAUGGUGGACAAGCAGACAUCGUUGCUGGAUUCCUUCAGGCUCGCCGACGACGUGCUUCUGGCGGGAGUCCGAAGCGUGACGGACCUCAUGGUUAACCCGGGGCUGAUUAACCUCGACUUCGCGGACGUUCAGUCGGUGAUGGCCGGAAUGGGCAACGCCAUGAUGGGUACGGGGGAGGCCGAGGGGGAGGGUCGAGCGAUACGGGCGGCCGAGGACGCGCUCAGCAAUCCCUUGCUCGGGGAGCUGUCAGCGAAGACGGCUAAGGGUCUCCUGGUGAACAUCACCGGCGGCGAGGACCUGACCCUGUUCGAGGUGGACGAGGCAGCUUCCAGGGUCACCGACGAGGUGGACGACAGCUCGGCCAACAUCAUCGUGGGGUCUACCUACGACUCCGGGCUCAACGGCGCCAUGCGCGUGUCGGUGGUGGCCACGGGUAUCGACGGAGACCACUUAUAG